UUCUGCUACAUGGCCGUGGAUACUGCAUAAGCCAACGAUCAAAGUAGUUUUAAUUGAUGCUACUUUUGCAGUCUCGGUACCUUAAAAAACGUUGUUGGUCAUUUAUUUUCAUGUUGUCUGAAACCUAAUCACUUCAAUAACUAAAACCCAUCAAUCACAAUUAAUCGAAGAUGAAGUAUGUGAGACCAUUGAACUUGUUCCAUGAGUUGUUGAAGACAAGUGCAAUCAAUCAAGGGAGGUUCCUUGGAUUGGAUGUUGGUGACAAGUAUGUUGGUUUAGCUGUCUCCGACCCACUUAAUAAAAUCGCUUCCCCUUUAAGUGUAUUGUUAAGGAAGAAAAGUAAUAUUGAAUUGAUAGCUACUGAUUUCCAAAGUUUGAUUUCUGAACUUUCCUUGGGGGGUUUCAUUGUUGGCUACCCUUUUGACAGGCAACGAGGUGCUCCUGAUGCUGUGCGGGUGAAGCUUUUUGUUGAUGACCUAUGCAGAACAGGGAAACUUGAAGGUGUAAAAUUCACAUAUUGGGAUGAGUGUUUUACAUCAAAGAAUGUGGAAUUGCUAGUGAAGCCUUUGGAUUUACAUCCAGUUCAUGCUAAAUCUAUAAUGGACAAGUUUGCUGCAGUUGGAAUUCUUCAGGGGUACCUGGAUUAUGUGAACAAGAAGAUGAAGUUGGAAUCUGCAGAAUAGGGUAUUUCAGGUCAAUGCAUGUGAAUUCUUUUAUCCAAGAUGAUUAAUUAGGCAGGAUAGAAGGUGGUGAACUCGUGCGUGCCUGUUUCCGUGGAGGAGUGAAGACCAAAAGGAUGGUUCCUUGUUUUUAUUUUUACCCCCUUCCGUGCUCUUAGUGUACGGAAAUUUGGAUGAUCUACCUUGCUUACCUAGCCAUACUUAACUAAGGCCAUGAGGUCUUCCUCAUCUGGUUUCCUGGUUCUUUUCAUAUCUUGGACUUGAUUUGUAUUGAAAAUUGAAGUCAAUAGAUUUUAUACUUGGUUUC